AUGGGAAAUGUCAACUUCACAAUUGUUACUGAAUUUAUCCUUUUGAAACUGACAGAUCAUAAUGAACUCAAGGUGUUCCCCUCCAUCUUGUUCCUGGUGAUCUAUAUCAUCUCCAUGACUGGAAAUCUGGGAAUGUUUCUUCUGAUCUACGUAACUCCUAAACUCCACACACCCAUGUAUUAUUUCCUUAGGUCUCUGUCAUUUGUGGAUGCAUGGUAAUCUUCAGUAUUUGCACCCAUAUUGCUGAUGAACUUUUUUGUUGAGCAAGAGAUUAUCUCAUUACCUGCAUGCAUUAUGCAGUAUUUUUUGUUUGCAUUAGUGAUUACCACAGAAGGAAUUUUGCUGGCUGCAAUGGCUUAUGACUGGCAUGUGGCCAUUGUAAACUCCUUAAAUUAUACAGUGGCCAUGACUAAAAUGGUUUGUGUUGGGCUGGUGCUUGGUUCCUUCCUAGGAGGCAUAAUAAACUCAUUGACACAUACAAUUGGUUUAAUGAAGCUGUCCUUCUGUGAGACAAAUGUCAUCAAUCACUUCUUCUGUGACCUACCUGCCAUGUUAGAGCUGUCCUGUUCUGACACCACCAUGAAUGAGCUCUUGCUUUUGGUAUUCUCUGGCAUCAUUGCAAUCACUACACUCUUGAUUGUGGUAGUCUUCUACAUCUUCAUUGUUGCUGCUAUCCUGAGAAUCCACUCAACAGCAGGCAGACGCAAAGCCUUCUCCACCUGUGCCUUUCAUCUGACGGCUGUGACUCUGUUAUACGGCUCAGUCAGCUUCAGUUAUAUUCAACCAAGCUCCAAAUACUCCUUAGAACAAGAGAAAGUAGUGUCUGUAUUUUAUACCCUGGUGGUUCCCAUGUUGAACCCACUGAUUUAUAGCUUAAGAAACAAAGAAGUGAAAGAUGCUGUGAAAAGGGCCUUGGAGAUGAAAUGUUUCCCUUGUUGA